GCUCCAAUGUAAACAGAUAGGCGAGGGUCCCUUUAUCAGCACUGACUCAGGACAGUUGUGGGGGGUCUGAAGCUGCUUUUUUCCCCCCCUCUUGGGGAAUUUUUUUGUUGGGGGGGGGUUGCAAAGGCCGAACCUUCUGCCAUUUCUAUUUCGCUCCGACGGGUGACUUCAGAAACAUGGUGUAGCAAACACAGGGAUCUGCGUCGAGCACGUCGGAAAAACCUCGGGCCUUAGGAGAAGCGGCCAGAACUAAAAGACCAUGGUUUCCAAACUCACUCAUCUUCAGGUGGAGCUGCUGGGGGCUCUCCUGGAAUCUGGGCUGAGCAAGGAGACACUGAUCAAAGCCCUGAUGGAAUCGGACCCCUACCCACAGCAUGGCGACAGCCAGCAGCGGACUGCCAGCACCAUCCAAGUCGAGAAAAGAGAACCCUGCACAGAACUCACGGCUCUUGCCAAUGGGAUGGGGGAGUCCAGGAUGUCCGAAGAGGAGACCUCUGACGAUGGAGAAGACUUCACUCCGCCAAUAAUGAAGGAGCUGGAAAACCUAAGCCCAGAAGAGGCUGCACACCAGAAAGCCGUGGUGGAAAGACUCUUACAGUAAGGGCAUCUCCUGCCUAAUCUCUCUCUUUCUCUCCCUCUCUGUCUGUCUGUCCCCUUUUAUCCUCUACCUUCUCAAAUCACCCUAACCCUUUCCUUAGUGCUAGCAGCCGAUCUAAAGGCAUAGAGAUUCAUGUUGUAGCACAACUACUGGACAAGUACCCAGCUUCCCUGUCUGAGAUGAUUCUAAAUAAAAGGUAUAGUUAAAACCUAAAAUUUCAGGCCCAUGCCAACAGAGUGCCCCAAAGUCCAAUUCAGAUAAGGAGGUACUUCUUUAGGUGAGGAAUAACUUUGGAACUCACUCAGCAAACAUCUCUCUUUUUUUUUAUCCUGUCCGCCAUUUCAGAUGUUGCAUGGGAGGUAGAAGAACCCAGAAUCGUUUUUCUAAACCUGAGCAAGCAAGGAACUAUCUUCGGGCAGUUGGGGUUGAUGAGCAUGGGGAACUGUCCGCAUGAUUGUUCCUACAGCAGAAGUGUUCAAAGAUGUGAAAUGAAGCGCCAUAGAGUUGCCAUCAUGAGACAUGUUCCCCAAACACACAACACUCUUGCCCUCAGUCUCGAAUAACUCAGAUAAGCCAUCUUGUUGUUACUGACAAAACAGGCAUGUUCAAAGUAUGCGCUGCCAGCCUUGGACAAAGACAGGAUUCCCUAGGAAUUCAUGCCAAUGUUCCUAGCAGGAAGGUUGUGACCAUUCUUUCCUAUCUCCCUUACUUUCUUUCCCACUCUUGCUAACCAUAAUAUAUCCACAACCUACUUAUAAAUGAGCUCCAUUUGGAGGUGGGGGGAGUAAAAAUGUUCUUUUAAAAUUCCAGACUGUUGUCAAAUGUAAUAAUAUUUAUUAGGGGCUGGGGGAGAAUCUCUGUAUGCAGGGAGGGGAUUUACAUGAGCUCCUUCGGAAGGGCUCCUCGGGGAAAAUAUGAAUGCAAAAACAGCCCCUUCUGUUACUGAUAGGGAGAGCUUGUGAAGACCACAGCUCUGAUUUUGGGAGCAAAUGGAAGGCAGGUCAGUGGGGAAUCUGUGGGAUAGCUCAUUCGGUAGAGCAUGAAACUCUUAAUCUCAGGGAUGUCUACAUUGGACAAAAAGAUUGACAAAAACUAAGCAAAGACCUUGCAAUAGCCACCCCUGUGAUGCAGAUCCCAAUGGAGUCACAUUAAUUAGCUGUACUGCUUUUGCUUCUGAGCCCAGUGUCACAAGCAAAGCAAGAGGCUCUUCUUACCUGUGAGUGGAAGGAGAAAGGCCUCAAGACUCCAAAAGUCCUUUUCUUCCACCAUUGUUCCUUCUUGUCUUGUAUUUUCUUUCUUUCUCCUAUUUUUAACCGCAUCCACCCCCUCAAAUCAUCUUUCUUUGCUCAUUUCCCCUUUUGGGGGUCGAUCUUUAAAACUCCCCGACUCCCAAAUGACCCCUUGCAUCACCCCACCUUUCCCCUCCACCUCUCCCAGAGUCUGUGUCGAGAUCUAGGGUCAGUUUGAUUUCCAAAGCCUCAGGACUGAGCUGGUUACUAAUUAUCCAGUGGCUUUAUUAUUUCUCUUUUGUCUUAUAAAUUUAUAAACGAAAAGGCUCAGAUAAGCUUUUUGAUCAUUAACUUUUGAUGAUUUGUCAGGUGUCUCCUCUCAGAGGAAGCCAAAGGAGUCAGGAGAACACCUGUUCUCCUCUCCUCUUUUGUGAUGGACAUCCGUGAAAAGGUGAAAGAGGGGGAGGAUCGUGCCAUUAGGAUUUGGAAAGGAGCGUUGCGGGUGGGUUCACACUGGGCUCUCAAGUGAUGGCAAGUUUAAAAUGCCUCCAAUGCUUAGUGGGCUGUAUUCAUGAAAAUGGAUUGCAACUAUGAGGACACAACAUUUCAUAUGGCAUAUUUGAGCAUUCAAAGCACUUCACAGGCAUUAUCUCAGUAAUCCUUCCAGCAACCCUAUGAGGUGGCCCAGUACUAUUAAUAUUCACAUGCAUUAUCUCCAGCAGAAUAUAAAAACAUAACAAAACGUCAAAUGUUAAAAACUUCCCAAUACAGGGCUGCCUUCAGGUGUCUUCUAAAAGUUGUGUAGUUCUUAAUCUGACAUCUGAUGGGAGGGCAUUCCACAGGGAGGGCACUACCAACGAGAAGGCCCUCUGCCUGGUUCCUUGUAACUUCACUUUUUGCAGUAAAGGAACCGCCAGAAGACCCUCAGAAGUAGACCUCAGAUCUCAGCUUAUUGAUGGGGGUGGAGACACUCCUACUAGGUAGGUCAGUAGCAUUACUAUUCUCAUAUGCAAAGGAUCAAGGCUAAGAGAGUGGCUUCUCUAAGGGGCCUCCCAUAUGUCCUUUUAAUUUUGGGUUCAUUGUUAUUUUUAUGAUGGUAUUGGGCAUGUUAUACCCAAUUAUACUGAUCCUGCUUUGAAUACUAUUUGUGCCUGCACAGGUUUUAGGGUGGGCAUGCUGAUUCCUUUCCAUUCAGUGGAUCUCCAGUAAUGUCCUGGUAAUAUCCUGUAACCUUUUAUACCACAAAUGUUCUGGGCAGGGGAGGAAGGGUGUUGCACUAUAGUGCUAAAGUGCCCCUCUAGAAAGCAAUAAAGCAGCAACACAAGGGAAGCAGAGUAGAAAAACCCGUAAACUAGAAUGGUUUAGUGUGGAUGGUCCAGUAUAAAUCCAUCACUGGUGCACUGUUAUUGCAUCAAUGCCGUGUUGCAGAACACAGACACACACACAUACCAGUCUGGACGGACCCUCUGCCCACUGAUGUGAAAUCUGAACCAGAGAUGAACCAGUUCACACUUGUAGCCACUCCACCAGACCACUCCACCAGGUUUAGACAACCAGCUUAGUUCUACCUUUAUCUGCUUGGUGUGUUUUAAUGAGAGGGAGUGUGAUGUAUUGGUGAGAGCAGCAUCCACGAAUUUGGUGCCACCCAGCUGUUUUGGGUGGUAACAUAUCUACAUGGUUGUAUUAUGCUGGAGUUGAUGGCAGUUAUAAAAACAAAACAUCUGGAAGGAACCAGGUUAAGAACAUAAGAUGAGCCUGUUGGACCAAGCAAAUACCCCAUCUAGUCCAGCAUCCUGCCAUCACAGUAGUCAACCAAGUGCUCCUAAGGGAAACCCUCAAAGCAGGACUCAAGCACAAGAGCACAACCACCUUCUGCCAUUUCCAACAACUGGUAUUCAGAAACAUUACUGCCUCUGAGUGUGAAAGCAGAGCUAGUAGCCAUCAACAGCCCUCUCCUCUGUGAAUUUGUCUAUUCCUCUCUUGGUGUCUUCCAAGUUGGUGGCCAUCACUGCCUUCUGUGGGAGUGAGUUCUAUAGUUUAACUAUGUGCUGUGGGAAGAUUUGGGGAAACUGAGUUACAGAGGCAGAGUAGACCUGCGUUCAAAUCCUCACUCAGUGACAAAGCUCACUUGGUGACCUUGGGCCUGUCACCAACCUUCAGCCUGACCUAUCUCAGAGGGUUCUUGUGAAGAUGAAGUGGAGAGGGACCGGGCUAUGAACUCUGCCUUGAGCUCCUAUUUUAGGAGAGAGUGGUGUGGUGCUCAGAACCUGCUUGUGGGCUUCCCCCUAGGGACAUCUGCUUGGCCACUGUGAGAACAGGAUGCAGGACGAGAUGAGCCACUCUUCUGAUCCAGCCGGCUCUUCCUAUGUUCUUAACUAUAUUUAAGAUGUAUACAACAGCUUUUGGAGGAUGCAUCCAAAAUACUAUGGGACUUUGGGUGGUAAUAGCUGAGAGUGGCUGCCUCAUCGUUGCCCUUCUAGUGGCAGGUGAAGAAUUUUUUGUCCCAACUGGAUUUUAGGAACUGACUAUUUUUAAUAGGUUAGAGUGGCUGCCCCCUUUUUGUUCUUUUACUCACAGGUAAACAGCGUUUCCGUGCGCUGCUCUGGUUCGCCAGAAGCGGCUUAGUCAUGCUGGCCACAUGACCUGGAAGCUGUACACUGGCUCCCUCGGCCAGUAAAGCGAGAUGAGCGCCGCAACCCCAGAGUCGGCCACGACUGGACCUAAUGGUCAGGGGUCCCUAUACCCUAUAAAGAGUUUGUUGUUCCAACUGGCUUUUAGUAACUGACUGCUUUUAACAAAACAGCUGGCACCACACUGUUUUUAUUGUAAUUAUCUGUGUGUUUUAAAUAGAUUUUUAUAUAUAGUUUUAAUUCUAACAACGUUUAAUUUUAAUGGUUUUUUCCUAUGUUUUUAGUUAUUAUUUUUAUCUGUAAGCUGCCUCUAGUCCCUGCCAGAGUAAAAGGCAGAGUAUAAAUAAAUUAAUCAUUAAGUUCAAGCCAACAGGAAUUCUGCUGUGCAAAGCGCAUAAAGUUAACAGGGAUAAGGCAAGAACAUAGCAAUGCCCCAGAGGUCUUUCCAAGGUUCUGCUUAUGAUAGCAUUCAAAACCUACCACUUGAGGUGGCUGCCUCACUUUGUACUGUGUCUCAGGCCUGAUCAAUCAGGCCAUGCACAGCAAAUCUGAUGUUUUAAGUUCACAAUCCAGUUCUAUCCCAAACUUGGGUCUCUAACAUUAGCAGGCUGACCUCUGGGUUGCUUCAUAGAAAUUUCACGUUUUAUAGCUAACUACCUCGUGCUUCCCACAGCUCAGGAAGAGAGCAAACACAUGCUCAGCCAUGCCAGAUGAUUAGUUUGCUCAAUCCACUGAAGCAGUUUGGACUUUGGCUGUAGCAAAUGUCCUGAUAACACCAAAAGUACCUAGGCAGGUUUUACAGCUGAGUUAAUUCCGCUUACCAGGCCUUCCCCCACCCUGCGGAGAGGGUGGGGUUUUUCCCCCCAUAAAGGAAAGGGACAGAAGAAUAACUGGAAUCAGGCACGGCCUCAGGUAGGAACCAGCUCCCUUAUACUGAGUCAGGACUUAUCAGUCCAUCAAGCUCAGUGUUGUUGACACUAACUGGCAGCUGCUCUCUGGGGUUUCGGGCAGGUGACAUUCCCAACCUAGCCUGGAGAUGCUGUCAGGGAUUAAACCUGGGACCUUUGGAUGCAAUACAGUUGCUUUACCCCUGAGACACAACCCUUCCCCUGAACAAGAUGUUGCCAUUGCAUUCACAAAGAGUCCCAGGACGUGUUUGGAACAAUCCUAACAACAUCAGAAAAGCUUGCUGGAUCAGGCCAAUGGCCACCUAGUCCAGCAUCCUCUUCUCACAGUGGCCAGCCAGAUGCCCCAUAGGGAAACCUGCAAGCAGGAUUCGAACACAAGAUCCCUCUCUCCUCCUGUGGUUUCUAGCAACUGGUAAUCAAAAACCUUGCUGCCUCUAACUGUGGAGGCAGAGCACAGCUAUAGUAGCCAUCCAUAGGCCCUAUCCGCCACGAUAGUUAUUGUACUAAUACAGGACAAAAAGGAAUGAGAGCAGCAUUUCCAUUGGUAAGAGUCGAGUAUUCUGACAAGUGAAGCUAAGAAUGUAAUUUAAACAUCAGUGGGGAGACCGAUAUAGCCCUCUUAAGUGCUGUAAAUCUGCUCCAGCAGUGGGUUUUCCCCCCAAAGAGUGUCCUUCUGCAGAAAUAUUAAAAGCUGAUCAAGCAUUCCAAACCAAUGUGAUGCCCGACAGAUGUGGCUGGGGCUGAUGGGAGCUGGGCUCAAAAAACAUCUGUAAGGCACCCUGUUGGCUACCUCCCCUCCUCUUGGGAGAGGAUCAGUAACGGCAGAAAAACUUUAUUGGAAGCAAGUUUUGUUCACCAUUACCAAUCUUACCCUACAAUGUGCAGCCUCAGACAACUCUAUGCUCUGUGCCGGUAAUUGCCAGUAGACUAGCGCUGAACAGAAUCCUAAAAGCCUGAAAAUCUCUGUGCUAUAGAGAACAAUCAUUUUCUGUUGCUUCUCAAUGCCAUUACUUUGUUCAAAUUAUAGAAGCGGAGAAUUAAAAUGGGGUGUUUAACAUCACUUUUAAAAAUGUGUUAGGAUUGGGGGUUUUCCAAGAGGAAAAUGUGAAUAUUUCCUUGAAGAGCAAACUGAAAAUUUUGUGUGUGUGUGUGUGUGUGUGAGAGAGAGAGAGAGAGAGAGAGAGAGAGAGAGAGAGGGGGGGGGAGAAUUUAAAAUUGCAAUAUUAAGUUAAUCAAUUUGGGAAGGCAGGAGUAGGAAAGUGGAUUGUAUUUUCUGAUGCGGUGGAGGAGAAUGCAUGUGGGUUUUGUAAAAUUUAGAUUCUGUUUUGCUGCGAAUGGCAACUGCUGUUGGGGCUCUGAGCUCAAAUUGCAACAUCAUAUUUGUUGUGUCACACAGUACACAGGCCAGCCUAAAGGCCAAAUUCAACAGAGAGGGGGGGAAAUGUUACCAGGAGGAACAGUUCUUACCUUUCUUCCUCCUCUGUCCUUUCCAAGUCCAAUUUAUUCAAUGAAAUCAACAAAGAUGCAGGCUUCAGGGUUCAAAGACCAGGGAUGGUGUGAGCGGUGGUGAUCUUGAGUCCAGGGCUUGGUCCGAAGCAGGAAUCCCAAAUUAGUUUUCAAAGGGAUCAAAGGUCCUCUUUCUUGUACCAAGAAUGGGUCUCAGAAACCCAGCUCAACAUUGCUCAAGGAAGUGGUGGGGAAUAAUGGGGUGGGGAGGCAGCAUAGAGAAUGAAUAGCAAGAAGACAGAUGUUGGAAAGCGGGCAAGUUAAACCAAAAUAAAAAAAGGAAAAUAACAUUUAAGCAAAAGGCUCAUUAGGACUGGAACAUCGAGGUAUUCCCCCCCAUGAAUGUUGCUUUCCCAGUUCUCCGGGAUUGGGUUUUCUUUUAAUGCUAACAACUUGAUAUUUACUUUCCAUUUAAAUUUGUGAUGCUGCUAUAAAUUAUCAACCAGGCUCUUGUUCCCUUUGAGUUUAUAACUAACUACCUGGGUUACUUAUUGUUCAGGUAACAAAAGGGAGGUGAGAAGCCCUUAAAAAAAGGGACCUCAGAAGCCCAGCGAAAAGGGAAGCUUGAAUUGGUGCUGGGAAAAGGGUCAGAGAGGGAUAAUAAGGGGCACCAGUGUCAGCAGGCUGAGGCCUAGCAGGUGGGAAGCAGCCUGCGAGACAGUGAACAUUGAACAGUACCACUUUGAACUGCGCUAUGAAGGAACGAGCUAAUUCACGCUUCGAUCAUUUGAAAGAAGCUCAGGAUUUCCCUUAACUCCGUGGUUUUUUUAAAAAAAAUGUGUUCCACUGCUUUUUGAAGAACUUCCUCCACAAAGCAGCUUCACAAUCUCCCCUGAAAAACCCCAACUCCACCAAACAACAAAAUAUAAAAAUGCCAAAUACAGGAGCACAAUAAAACAGCAAUAUGGAGUGGAGCACAGGAGUACAAUACAAAACUAUUCAACUCUUUAUUAUCGUCAAUGACCAGUAUUCAUAGAAUACAAAAUGUAAAGCAUGAGUGGGGAGUGCUCUGGUGCUCGAAUCCUGCUUGAGGGUUCCUCACUGGAGCAUCUGUUGGCCACUUUGAGACCACAACUAUAGUGAGGCCCCUUUGGCUUGAUCCAGGAAUAGGAUAGGAAUAGAAUAGGAACGAGAUUAAGGUAUGGAAAGAGGGCGGAUAGAUGCCAUAAUGUUCUAAAGAGGUUGACUCAAGAAUCUCCAUGUUGUGCAUACAACUUAAUAGCUACAGUGGUACCUUGGUUCUCAAACUUAAUCAGAUCCGGACGUCCGUUCCAAAACCAAGGCAUUCCAAAACCAAGGCGCGCUUUCCCAUGGAAAGCGAUGCAAAACAGAUUUAUCCAUUCCAGACUUUUAAAAAGAACCCCUAAAACAGCAAGUUAACAUGAAUUUUACUAUCUAAAAAGACUAUUGAUCCAUAAAAUGAAAGCAAUAAUCAAUGUACUGUACUAUAAAAUAAAUAAGACUGUAUUGUACAUGAUAAAAAAUAAUAAUAAUAAAAAUUUCUUACCAGCACUGAUGAUAGUAGUUGUUUGGAUGGGGGCUUUUGUCCAUUUCUGCAGUCACACAAUCAAUCAAUCAGUAGCUGAACUGGGUUCCACACAGUCACAAAAACAAAUUAACUGAAAAAGCCUCAGAAACGCAAAAUAAACAGCAAAAACAAAAGCGCCAAACUUAAUCAGUUCCGGAAGUCCGUUUGACUUCCAAAACGUUCGAAACCAAGGCGCGGCUUCUGACUGGUGCAGGUGCCCCAGAAACAAUAGCUGACAACCACAUUGGACAUUCAGCUUCUGAAAAACUUUCAAAAACCGGAACACUUAGUUCUGGGUUUCAGAGUUCCAAACAUGUUUGGUUCUCAAGGCGUUUGAGAACCAAUGCAUUUAAGAACCAAGGUGCUACUGUAUAUAAUACUAUUACUAUUACAAAUAAUUUAUUAACCACCUUCUAAACCACCAUCUCAGGGCCCUUUACGCAUAAGAUAAUGAAAAACACUUUAUAAACACAAAAACGACAAAUAAAUUUAAAACAAGACUAAAACCCUAACAAGUAGACACUCAUGGUAAAGAAAAAUUUAUUCAGCUGGGACAGCCUGCCGCACAGAGGAGACUGAACAGCAUCUACUAGUGUUGACCCAACAUCUACUACCAGAAAUGUAAUUGGUUGAUUCUCCUUGCUUCUCAGGACUCAUAGGGAGAAAGGACACGAAGGGUCAUCUACUGUAGUCCAACCCCCUGUAAUCCUCUUUCAUGUAGUGUGUGCUUUCUAUUCCCUCCAGAGAGGAUCCCUGGAGGGUAGCCAAGAUGGUGAAAUCCUACCUACAGCAGCACAAUAUUCCCCAGCGGGAGGUGGUAGACACCACAGGCUUGAAUCAAUCGCACCUCUCCCAGCAUCUCAACAAGGGCACACCCAUGAAAACUCAGAAGAGGGCUGCCCUCUACACCUGGUACGUCCGCAAGCAGCGAGAGGUGGCUCAGCGUAAGUACAGCAACCAGCAGCUCUUUCCUAGUCCCAAAGCACGUACCAGAGCAAGGCCAUUAUCUACCUGCUCAACAGCAGCAGAGCCGGUCAGCGCAACAUUUGCAAGGGAUUCUGGGCCAAUUUGCAACACUCGUGUGCCAUGAUGCACGCUGAAUUUCCAUGUCUGAAAAAUGUUGCUCCUGUUAGUUGGAGAAAACAUGGCCAGCAGCUUCAAAUGUGCUGCGAGAAAUAAAUGAAUUCAGUGACUAAACGUCGCUGCCCGGGGUGUUCCCAGGGGUUGGCCAAGUUGGCCCCUGUCAAGGGUGCAGGCCCAGGGGGCACAAAACCCGUGCCUCUCCACUCCUGCUUGGAGUGACUAGGAACCCGCCAGCCAGCUCCACCGCUGCCCUGGAUGGCCAGGCAAGGUGGUUAGGCUCCUCUGGUUUUCAACAUUGUGCUAUAUCAACAGCUAAACAUCACAAUAUACUGAUAUAUCACCAUGUCUGAAAUAAGGAUGGAGCUAUGUAGAUGCAUUGGCUGGCUGCACGGUUUUUCCCACAUUGUGAUUUCUGCAUAGCAGCCACCCAUAUAAUGAUUUGCGAUAUACUGCCAGGUCAAAAAUUACGAAACCGAUAUCACGAUAUGGACUUCAAACAAAUUCUGGAUGAUAUAUAUCACCCAGCCCUACUGCCAAGGGUGCAAGGGAUGGGGAAGCACUGAUACAGGUCCUUGCCAAAGGCACAUGGGAGCCUCUGGUUGCUUAGAACCCAAAGGACCCACUCCCAUAGAAGAGGCUGACCACGGAUCCUCUGCCUGGGCCUGUCAGUCAGCCUGCAGUCAGGAUCAUUCAUUCAUUCCUACUGCAGAACCAAAAAGAAGUCUCCCUCUAUUAGAUGAGGCUGCCUGUUGCAUAUCUAGAUGAAUGAUCCGGCUCAGGGGAGCAUCCUUCAACUCAGCCUUAGAAGAUACGCAGGGAGCAACAACUUCCUGUAGGGUGGGCUUCUGUCUUUGGGGAUGCUAAAAAUAGUAUGAACCAGGAAGUGACCUAGCCAGAGAAUGAGAUGGGGUUUUUUUCUACCCUUAACACAUGCUUUUAUAUCUAUGUUUCUAUGCAGUGCUUUUUUUCUGGGGGAACGCAUACCCUAAACAUUUUGUGAAUCUUUGUACUUUUGUCCAUUUACUGUAUUUAUUUCCCCCGAUUUGAACUAUAAAACAGUGAUUUUCUUGAGUCUAAACAUUUUUUAGAAAAUGUUCUAGUGACUCCAUUCCCCCCCCCCCAUGUGUGAUCCCUGCUGCCAACUCAUUCAACUUUCUGUAAUUCCGCUGAGUUGUUAGUUGCCUUGCUUUGUUUGCCCCCCCCCGGCUCCUCCCACCUGGUUUCUUCAAGAAAUGGACAGUUAAUAAUAAUUAUUAUUAUUAUCAGCCUUCAACCUACGGUCACACAGCAAUUUAAAAUACAACAUUAAAAACUGUUUAAAACAAUUUAGAACCACAAGGAUAUGGUGGGUUAGGUGCUAAAGUCCUGGGCAAAGAGAUGUAUGUUUGGGGAAGAAAAAAAAAAGAAUAAUGAAGGAGGGAGUUCCACAACAUAAGGGCUGCCCCAGAGAUGGUUGCACCCCACCCUUUCUGUGGUUCCAGAAUUCACCCACGCUGGCCAGGGCAUUAUGGUGGAAGAUGCAAUGGGAGAGGACCUGCCAACGAAGAAAGGCAGACGCAAUCGCUUCAAGUGGGGCCCAGCUUCACAGCAAAUCCUCUUCCAAGCCUAUGAGAGGCAGAAGAAUCCCAGCAAGGAGGAACGGGAAGCCUUAGUGGAGGAGUGCAACAGGUGAAUGGAGGAAGGUCCCUCUUUUAAGAAUGUAAGAACAUCAGAAGACGCUGCUGGAUUAGGCCACUGGCCCAUCUAGCCCAGCAUCCUGUUCUCCUAGACGAAAAAAACUCAUGCACUACAUAGCACUUAUCCACAAUUACCUUUUGCCCUGCUGUUUCCAGGCACAAGUCUGCGCUUAAAAGUUCCUUGUCCGAGCAUGGGUUGGUUGGUUGGUUUUGCCCCAGAGUUUCCCCUGCAAAAGCCCACAUUUUAGUGCUCCAUUGGAGAAAAAGUCAAUUCUGGUUUUUCGCAGAUUGCUGUUUGCUCCGAUAGAGCUUUAAAGAGUGGGUUUUCGCAGGGCAAGCACCAGAGCAGAAAGAAAGGCGCUUGGACACAGAGCUUUAAGGUGCAGACUGUGCCUGGAAAGGGCUGGUGAAAGGUGAGUAUGGAUAAACCCAUAGUUAAACUAUGGGGAUUGCUCCCUCUAAAGGCAGCGAUGGCCACCAACUUUGAUGGCUUUCAAAGAGGAUUGGACAGAUUAAUGCAAUGAUAAGCCUAUCAAGGGCUACAAGCCACGGUAGCCAUGCCCUGCCUCCAUAGUCAGAGGCAGUGAUGUUUCUGAAUACCAGUUGCUGAAAACCACAGGAGAGAGUGUUCUUCUGCUCAAAUCCUGCUUGCUGGUUUCCCACAGGCAUCUGGUUGGCCACCGUGAGAACAGGAUCCUGGACUGAAUGAGCCAUUGACCUGAUCCAGCAAGCUCUUACUCAUGUUACACAAAGUAAGGGGUGGGAAGAAAUGGGUGGGGAAAGUAAAUUCUUGGUUUUGGCUGAGCUGAGGCUAAUAAUUCCUUGCUCAUUGUGCCCCCAGUUUAACUAUUUCACCCCAAAUUAGACCUAAACAUAUAAUCAGCUAUGAGGUCUAGAUGAACCUCAGGACUAAAAAUGCAAAAGUACAGAGAGAUCUGAGCCAACUAUGGUUAGACUAUAAUUAAUGCAGAGGAGGCGCCAAAAGUAAUUACCUGAAAGCACCUCUACAGUCAGGGACGAUAGGAUUCUUUUGCACCCUAUACUGGGAUCUUAUGAAAUGCUUCAUAGCUCGGGGCUGUCAGCUGUGUGCUCCUCACACCUUUAAAAUACAUCCAAAGCACAUUUUUCCCUCCUCAAAUUAUUCUGGACAUGGUGGUUCACUCUUCACCAAGUUACAAUUCGAAGCAAGAACUCUUAACAAACUACAGGGCUCAGAAUCCUUUGAGAAAGCUGAAAUAUCGCCCCAGAUUUCAUUCCAUGAUUUUCCAGGGAAGCGGGAACAGACUUAUUUUCCUAACAUGGAAGGGUGUGCUAAACGUCCACUAGGUUCUGCUAGAUUUCUGAAAGUGGCCUUUAUGGCAAGUGAAGGGUCACAUUAAAGGAGAAAACUCUCAGGGAAGAAAACAUUGGGAAAAUGGAACAAAACACAUUCCCACAGGAGGCAGUGAUGGCCUCCAAUAGGGAUGGCUUUAAAAGAGGAUUGGACAGAUUAAUGGAGAAGAUUCAUUGUGAGAAGAGGAUGUUGGUCUAGAUGGGCCACUGGUCUGGUCCAGCAGAGCUUUUCUUAUGUUCUUCAUGCAGUUCAUAUAUCUUUGGAAAUGGUGCAACAGACACACCACUCCUUUGAUUUGAAGGGGUUCCCUUUGGAGAAAUGGCUUCGCCUUAACACAAGCCCCGUCCCUAACCUGACAAAUCCAUGGCCUUUCUCGGCAGGGCAGAGUGCAUCCAGCGCGGUGUCUCACCUUCCCAGGCCCAGGGUCUGGGCUCGAACCUGGUGACUGAGGUGAGAGUUUACAACUGGUUUGCCAACCGCCGGAAGGAGGAGGCUUUCCGGCACAAGCUCGCUAUGGACAGCUACAGUGGGCCGCAGCCCGGAUCUGUGCCCACCUUGGGCUCUUCCUCGCUCCAGUCAGCAACGCCCCUCUCACCAAGCAAGGUCCAUGGUGAGUGUCAGGCACUAUUUAUUUAUUUGAAAUCUCUCCCCACCCACACACCUCUUAGACUUCAGCCAAAAUGACUCCCAGAGUAGCUUACGGAUCAAUCCCCACCACCACCACCAGUUCCUGCCCUCCAGUUUAGAAUCUAAAGGACACAGCCCAAAAGGAAAGAGCGAGGAGGAGGGAGGGAGGAUGGGGGGAAAUUAAAGUCCAGGACAAGUUGUUACAAGUUACAGUUCACACAAUGGCCAGUUGCAAUGGAAGCAUUUCAGAUUUUAUUUAUUUAUUUAUGUAUUCAUUCAUUCAUUCAUUCAUUCAUACCCCAUCCAUCUGGCUGGGUUUCCCUAGCCACUCUGGGCGGCUUGCAACAAAAUAUUAAAAAUACAAUAAAACAUCAAACAUUAAAAACUUCCCUAAACAGGGCUGCCUUCAGAUGUCUUCUAGAAGUCAGAUCGUUGUUUAUUUCGUUGACAUCUGAUGGGAGGGCGUUCCACAGGGCAGGCGCCACUACCGAGAAGGCCCUCUGCCUGGUUCCCUGUAACCUUGCUUCUUGCAGUGAGGGAACUGCCAGAAGGCCCUCGGAGCUGGGCUUCCAUGUCCCAGCUGAACGAUGGGGGUGGAGACGCUCGUUCGGGUAAAGCCAGAUGGAUUAGCUGCUGCUGGGUGACAGUUGAGUAAGAGGCCAUGACAUGUGUUCUCUCAGCAGAACCAGUGGAGGAAGAAAUUAAUGGUUUAAAUGAACUGCCUCACUGUGCCUAAGGGUAGGGCCGGCCCUGUCUGAGAUCAGAGCUAAGAAUCCUCAACUUAAGCACAAAUUACUAAGAAUUAUCCCCCCCCUUUCUUUUGUUUGUUUGUAGAACAAUCCCCUUUGCAGCAGCAACAGCAGCAGCAACAACAACAACAACUCUCCUUUUCCGACUCCGGCAUGAGGUACAACCAGCAACCCGUCAGUGAGACAGAUUCCUCAGACGGCAACCAGCACGGGGGAAGCAAUUCCAUUGUGACCACCCAGACUAUCUUGCACCAUGCUUCUUCCCCUGGCCUGUGUUCAGUUAGUUCUGCAGGAGAUGCAAAGCUGGUGAGUCAAGCACUGCCUGGGCUCGUUGGCACCACCUACUGUUGGGCUCCCUGCCUUGCACCCUAUUAGUCCCAAAGGGGAACUAGCCUCCACUGGAUGGCUGGGAGCCAUUUUGUUGCUGCUCUUGUUGAACAACUGGGGACCAGAAAUCCUUGCCGAUCUCCUGAAAGUCAUCCAGAAAUCUCCCAGUGGUUCUACUUACUGCCAAGCUUGUCAAUAAAUGCAAUUGAUAUCGCACCACUUCUAAGCUAUCUCAAAUGUACAUCCCACAAUCCUGCAACUCUCCUCAAAAAGCAUGUUGAUAUUCUUCCGUAUUUCUCCUGUGCACAGAUCUCUGCUCCUGGGGGCUCUCUUCCCCCAGUUAGCACCCUGACAGCCCUGCACAGCCUAGAGCAGAACCACACCCUGAGCCAGCAAACCCAGAACCUCAUCAUGGCAUCACUCCCAGGCGUCAUGGCAAUUGGGCCGGGAGACACAUCUUCGCUUACACCAGCCUUCACCAACACGGGGGCCUCCACUCUGGUUAUCGGUAAGUGAGGAGAGACACAGGGAAGGCAUGCCGUUUGCAUACAGUAGCAAACAAAUAGCUUUCUAGUCCUCGUUGUACAGCAAGACUGUUAUGUACUGAGUUGAAUAGGAUCCAAAUAGCAGCAGUCUGAUAGGUCCUAGAACAAUAGGAUUUCAGAAUGCGGCAGUCUGAUUGGUCCGCAGGAGCCACCCAAUCCAACUCCAGGUGGAAGUAAAUCUGCAAUCUGAUUGGCCUACAGGAGAAUCCUGGAAUUAGCCAAUCACGUGGGGCCCAUUGUGUAAAUAAUGUAUAUAAAGCAGACAUUUCAUAGAAUCAUAGAAUAGAAUCAUAGAAUCAUAGAAUCAUAGAGUUGGAAGAGACCACAAGGGCCAUCGAGUCCAACCCCCUGCCAAGCAGGAAACACCAUCAGAGCACUCCUGACAUAUGGUUGUUCGGGGGAACUUCCAUUCCUCCUCACUACUAUGAGCUGAAUAAAGAGCAUGAAGUCCACACUCAACUCUGAGUAUAUUUCAAAGAGCCACUGAAGUAAAGCUGCAGAACAGUGCCAGGUUGCUUCAAGACGACAAGCACUGGUUCUUGCUUUCCACCGCUGCAAAUUUCCUGCAAAAAAAGGGAGGGAGACUUUGCUCCCUGGAUGGCUGUUACUAGCUGGUGUUUUUUGGGGGAGGGAAGUGAACUGCUGAAGAUGCUCUUUCCUGUCUUCCAGGCUUGGCCUCCACCCAGCCCCAGAGUGUCCCAGUGAUCAACAACAUGGGCAGCAGCCUCACCACCCUGCAGCCAGUCCAGUUCUCCCAGCAGCUGCACCCAUCGUACCAGCAGCCCAUCAUGCAACAGGUCCAGGGCCAUCUCAACCAGAGCCCUUUCAUGGCCACCAUGGCCCAGAUCCAGGCACCUCACGGUAGGUUGGGGAGCCAGCAAGGCAGGGAGGGAGGCUCCCUGGAAUUGUGGGCCAAGGACUCAUGGCAGGCCUUGUUCAACUUGAAUGCGGAUACUUUGGACUCCAUGUCCCAUCAUCUGCAGCUAGUCAGCACAGCUGUGUUCUCAUCAUACAGCUGUGUUGGGUGGGGCUGAUGGGACUUGUAGUCCAAAGCACUUGCAGGACAUCAGGUUGUGGGUGGGGGGAGGGAGGCUAGAGUGGAACGUUCCUGCCGCAAGAUGCGGUGGUUUAGAGAAAAGGCAAAUGCAGAGAGGAUGACUACUAGACUUGGCAGCUAAACUGAGCCUCCAUGGGCAGUGGCAGUCUGCCUCCGAAUAUCAGAUGCUGCAGCGUUUGGAUGGAAGGAAAUGGAGAGGCUCCUAUAAGUCACACAGAGCUUUGCAAAGGAAGAACAGGCUGCCCAUUUUAAAAGGAACACAUGGAUUGUGAGGAAAGCGUAGCUAAUUGCCUCCACCUUGUUUUAUUAUUAUGUUUCCUUACAUUUAUUCCCCUCCUUUUCUCAAAGGAGCACAAUGUGGCAUACGCAGUUCUCUUCCUUGUUUAUCCUCAUAACAAUCCUAUGAGAUAGGUUAGGCUGAGUGUCGGUAACUGGCCUAAGGUUACCCAGUGAGCUUCAUGGCUGAGUAGGGAUUUGAAUCCAGCUCUCCCCGGUCCUAGUCUGUUACUCUAACCGCAACACCACACUGGGCCUCUCUUCUUCCACCUCCUCUUAUCCCCCACGCCUUUGUACGGCCAUCUUGAAAGCAUUCCCUUCCUUCCCCUGGUCGCCUUCUAAAAUAACACCCUCCUCCUUUUUCAGCCCCAGGAAGACAACCUCAGAAGAAGAAGCUGUGGUGGUGGUAGAGAGAGGGAACCUAUCCUGCAGGGUUGUUGUUCAGGAUGAAACGAGAAGGGCUCCCUUAUUAAGAGCACUGAGCUUUUGGAUGAAGGAGAGCAGGGUACAAAGGAUGAUUAAAAAGUAAAUAAGGGAUAAUGGUCACCCUAGAGAUGCUUGGAAGCUGGAGUUAACUCCAUGGUUCCCUUCUCCCUCAAGAGUCCCCCAUGCAACCUCUAUUCUCAUGCCUUUUUGGUCCCCUAGCUCUCUACGGCCACAAACCAGAGAUGGCUCAGUAUGCCCACACUGGGCUGCUGCCACAGACUAUGGUGAUCACAGACACAGCCAACCUCAGCGCCUUGGCCAGCCUGACGCCAACCAAGCAGGUAAGAUGGGCUGAUGGGGAAGCUGGGAAAGGAGGAACCUGGGAAAGAUGCCCUGAAAUCUGAACUCAUCCAACCUCUGUUUAAACACCUCCAAGGAAGGAGAGUCCACCACCUUCUGAGGCAGUCUGCUUCACUGCUGGACAGCGUUUACCAUCAGAAAAUUCUUCCUAAUAUACAUCCAGAAUCUCCUUGUCCUUUGAAUCCAUCAGUUCAGCCAUCCGUCGUGCACUACCCUCUGGAGCAGCAGAAAGCAAGCUGGUUCCAUAUCUCUUGCGACAGAUAUCUGGCUAUUCUAUCACCUCUCAAUUUCCUCCAUGCUAAACAUACCCAGUUCCCUUAACCGUUCCUCAUAAGGCUCUGUUUCCAGACCCUUGAUCAUCUUGGCUGUCCUUCUCUGCACACUUUCCAGCUUGUUGAUAUUCUUCUAUUCAAUCAAUAUAAUUUUAAUGGAAAUGGAAAUGUCUGAAAUUUCCAAAACCAGCAGUUUCCAGAUUUCUUAUUGUGUUGUUAAUCUCUCUUUCCCUCCCACAUUUUACAGGUGUUCACAUCAGACUCUGAGGCACACACAGAGUCUGGGAUGCACACGCCCCCCGUGCAGGCUUCCACCAUACACUUACAGAACCAGGAUGCCACCAUCCAGCACCUCCAGCCCAGCCAUAGACUCACCUCUAGCCCUGCUGGUAAGUGGGGGUGGGGAGCCCUGCUUUGAAGAAUGCGCAGCUGAAGCUCCUGCCAACGUUGAGGGCUUUCCAUUCUUUGGUGGAGCAGGGGGAUUUCAUAAACAUUGUAUCCUCAAGACAGUAACUUGCAGUGUUUAUUGGUUAGUGUUGGGGCAGUCCAUGUGGACUACGACCCCCAUCAGCCCAAUCAGUAUGGCCAUUCAUCAGGGAUGAUGGGAGUUGUAGUCUACUUCUGGUGGGCUAUCCCUGGAGUUUGUCCAAGCCGUCUCCCCUCAAUCUGAUGCCUGUCCAGAUGAUUUGGACUGCAACUCCCAUGAGCCCCAGCCACCACAUCUGUGCUGUGGGAAUACAAAGAACCACCUUAUAGAUUGGCCCAUUGAGCUCAGUAUUGCCUACACUGACUCGCAGCUGCUCUCUCUUCUGCUCCAGUAUCAUAUAGUUGUGCUGGCCUGGCCCAAUGGGAGUUGGGGAAGGUUGAACUAAGCACUGCAACCCUAAAAUGCUUGGGGGGGGUGUGCACAUGUGUGUAUAUUCCCUUUUGCGGGUGUAGGAACUGAAAGAAGGGCUGUAGCUCCGUGCCAGAGUGCCUGCUUUGCCUGCAGACGAUGGCUGGUUCAAUCCCCAGUAUCUUCCAGUAGGGUUUGGAGCAACCCCUACCUGAAAUAUGUUGCUGUUGGCUAGUGUUGACCCUGCUGAGCUAGCUGGACCAAUGGUCCAUUACAGUGUAAGCCAGCCUAUGUUCCUAAGGAAACGCAGUAUAAGGUAGUCUCUAUGGGAGUAUAUUGUAUUUAAUUAUGGGGUAUCAGAGUUUUUAGGGGGCUAACCAGGCUGGGAUAGCAGGCUUGUUGGUUUUUGAAUGUCUGAUGUAGGUUUUUCCAAUUUCGUUGUUCUGUAUGGGACAAUGACAAUAAAGAUUAUCAUAUUAUCGCAUCAUAUCAAGUGACGAUCUGUCCCUGCUUACACUCACGUGUGCUUAUGGGUGUUUUCCCCUCCCCUCUUCUCCUUUCCUUCCAAACAGUCUCCUCCAGUAGCCUGGUGCUCUACCAGAGCUCCGACUCCUCCAACAGUCACAGCCACUUGCUGCCGUCCACUCAUGGUGUGAUAGAGACUUUUAUCUCCACCCAGAUGGCCUCUUCCACCCAGUAGCCUGAUGACCACCCAAGGACCCAAAAUGCAGAGAAGCCUCAUUCGCAGCUGCCACCACCCGCUGAUGUCUGCCUGCCUGCCUCGGAUGGAGGGGGCAGGCAGCCAGGGGGCCUUUUUUCUCCUCCAGGACAGUGUGCAUACACACACACCCUUGUUCCACACCCCAAACCCUCCUCAAGAGGUGAAAAUAUGCGCACAAGGAACGGAACGGACUCCCUUCGAAGGUGGUGGACUCUCCUUUGUUGGAGGUUGACUGGCCAUCUGUCAGGGAUUCUUUAGCCAUGAUUCUUAGGUUGAACUAGAUUAGCCUCCUCUCAAACUCAACUGUUUUAUGAAUGCCAAGAGGAACUUUGUGUCUUUUCAAACAAGAGAGGAACGGCUGGCUGGCCCUUGCUCUUUCACUGCCUUCAGGACAGGACUGCAAUAGAAGCUGCAGCCCAGCUUAGACCAGGCAAGAGCCAGCCAGCCCUGCAGGCAGAAGCAAGGAGGGCUUGGCUCCGGCGGCAGUGAGAGACAUGUGUCCUAUACAUUUCUGUCUACAGGUUGAAGCUUCAGGCAGACCCUGUGCAGGUAGGCGCAUCUUGGUGCAAAAUGAGAAAGAAAAUCAUCCUCUUACUCAUUGUUCCUGCCGAUCAUCAAGAUACAAGCUUGCCUGGGGUCAAGCAAAUGCCCUUGAGGAGGAAACUCAGGAGCUCAGCCAGGCCACGAAGCCAACGGGUCAGAGCCAGAGACUCUAUAAAGUCUCCUGCUCAUCGGCGUGAGAAAAUAGGACUUUGGCUCUUGGCAGCCACAGAUCGCCUUACAGGAGCCACGGGUGACACCUUUGCAGGAAAAGGGAGGGAAAAGAGAGGCCCAGCUUCAGCUGUGAUUUCUGCAAUGUUGGACUAGAUGAACUUGCUCUAAAGUAGUCUUUAAUAGGAAUAACAUAUGAUACAGGAAGCAUUUUCAGAAGCUCAAUUUUGGGUGUGGCAAGAAGCAAAAGCGCAUGGGGCAGCGGAAGUGCCUCUUACUGUUUUGUGAUAGGUUAACAUUUCAGCCACACACAGAAGUCCCUCCAGCCAGCCAAUCAAGUGCAGUUCAGAGACACAUUCCAGCCAGGCAUAAACCACCUAAGGGCACUGAGCAAGGCCAGUAAGGAAUGUGACCUGACAAGAAUUGUGAGGGCCAGAAAGAGGAGGUUGGAAGUCCGCUUUCCCCUGUCCCUGCUACUGAAGGAAGCAUUCGUACAGGCAAGCUGUGAAACCUAGAACAUGCAGGUCAGGUGCAGAAUCUGGUAAUUCACGCUGCAUUCUAAGAACCUCACUUUGCAAAACAAGCAAACAAGCAUUCUAAGAACCUCACUUUGCAAAACAAGCAAACCAAGUUGCCAGUCCUCUUGGUAGCUAGAAAAAAACAACGCCCAAAGCAAAGCCAAAGCUUGUGUGAGCAAUGGCAUUGUUGAAGCUUCCAAUAGUCAGGGAGUAGGUCUUCACACAUGGAAACCUCGACCUCCCCAGUUAUUUCCACAGCAAGCCCCCCUACACCCUAACCCAGUGUUUCUCAAACUUGAGUCCCCAGCUGUUGUUGGACUAUAGCUUCCAUCAUCCCUGACCACUGGUCCUGCUAGCUAGGGAUGAUGGGAAUUGUAGUCCAACAACAGCUGGGGACCUAAGUUUGAGAAACAUUGCCUAACCCGAAGAACCCCUAGCCUCCUUUCCCAGCCUACACAGAAUCCCAUUUACGGCAUUAACUGUCCAACACACCCUGAUAAAGACACUUAAAAUGCAUAAUUUGCACCAGAAUCACCACAAGACAUUACUUUUUUAAGUACAGGAUUUCAGUUCCUCCCCCCGCACCCCAGUAGCUCUCAUCAUUCCUUAGUUUGAAAAGCGCUCAGGAGAGAGAGAUAGAGAUGCAUCAUUGGCCUAGCAAGAGAAGGAGAUGAUCUGAAAUGUGAGCAUUCCUUCCCGUCCUAAAUAAUGCCAGCUGCAAAGUUGGCAGAAUUCAAUUUUCCUCCCUGUAUAAUUUCUUGGGUGGGGGGAUGGCACCCCUUGGGCUCUGUGAUGAUGACCGAUUUCUCAAGUGCCAUGCCAGAGCAGGAAAAGCCCUUUUUGGUGGCUAAAAUGAAUCCAAAACGUGCCACAGCUGAGGGGGUGGGGGUGGGGAAAGAAGUGAAAUCAGUAGUAUUCAAGCAUUGCAAACAGAAGGGGGAAACAGCACCCAAUGAUACCCACCCAAUAACCCCCGGGACCUUUAAACCAUCACUCUGCUUAUUUGGAGUCUCAAUAAAGCAAGCAUCACUGCCCAAAGUGUUUGCUGUUCCACCCAGUGCCAGAGGGCCUCUUCCGGCCAUCAAUCGCCAGUUUGGCUCUAUCUUGUAAAUAUAUUUAAAUUGUCAGUAAAUCAAACAGAGGGUGGGGCAAGGAUUGUUAUGUAUAAGACUACUGUGUCAUGCUGCCUGUUUAUAAAGCUAAGCAAAGCUGUGGUUCAAUGGACUUUUAAUAGUUCCCUCCCCGCAAAAAAGUGCAAGUAUAAUCAAGGUCUGGUAAGAUCCUUGCCCAGAGUUCCAUGCCUAAGGAAAACGGAGACAAAAUGUUUGCCAGUUGCCAAGAGACAGAGAGGAGCCAUAUUUUAUCAUUGCAUCUUUUUUCUUUUUUUGGAUUCUUAGCAAACCUGGUGCCCUCCAGAUCUCCUUGGACUACAUAUUCCAUGAGCCCCACCCAGCACAACCAUAUUAUUUAUUUAUUUCCAGCACUUUUUCACCCCACCG